AAUUUCCGUCAUACGUGUUUGCGCACAUACAAUUUAGAUGCAUUACACUAUUUUACUACGCCAGGUCUAGCUUUUGAUGCCAUGCUUAAAGUCACUAAUGUUGAAUUAGAACUGUUGCCUGACAGUGAUAUGGCUUUAUUCAUAGAAAAAGGUAUCAGAGGAGGUAUAUCGCAAUGUUCUAAUAGGUACGGUGAGGCUAACAAUAAAUUCAUGAAUAGUGAAUAUAAUCCUGAUUUACCAACUUCGUUUUUGAUGUACUAUGAUUUAAAUAAUUUAUACUUAGCUGCAAUGUCACAUUCGUUACCAUAUGGGGAUUUUCAAUGGGGUCGAUAACAUCUCUAUUGAAAAUAUUUUGAGUGCUGAUGAAAACGAAUACGGAUACAUCCUAGAAGUUGAUCUACACUAUCCUCUCCAUUUACGCGAUUUACAUAAAGAUCUACCAUUGUGUCCUGAGCACUUAGUACCACCUACUUCGUAUUCUGAUAAACCAAAAUUGUUAACAACUUUGUACGAUAAACAAACGUAUGUAGUACAUUAUGCAUUACUGAAACAAGCUAAGCAGUUGGGACUUGUCAUUAGGAAAGUUCAUCGUUGUUUAAAAUUUAGACAGUCAACUUGGUUAAAAAAAUACAUUGAUCUUAAUACAGAGCUCAGAAAGCAAAGUACAAAUGAUUUCGAGAAAGAUUUUUUCAAAUCAAUGAAUAAUGCCCCUUAUGGUAAAACGAUUGAAAAUGUUAGGAAAUAUAAAGACAUAAAAUUGGUUACUAAGUGGUCAGGAAGAUACGGUGCAAAAUACUAUAUUGCACAAACUAACUUUCAUAGCUGCACUAUAUUUGAUAAAGAUAUGAUCAUAAUUGAAAUGAACAAACUGAAAGCUACAUUAAACAAACCAAUUUUCAUUGGUAUGUCGAUAUUGGACAUAUCUAAAACUUACAUAUAUGAUUUUCAUUACAAUUAUAUUAAACACAAAUUCAAAGAUGAUUCAAAACUACUAUAUACUGAUACAGAUAGUUUAAUAUAUCAGUUUUCAAAUAUUGAUGACAUUUACAAACACAUCAAAGAAGACAUUGAUAGAUUUGAUACGAAUGAUUAUCCAGAAAACAACGUUUUUGGAAUUCCAUUGAAAAACAAAAAAGUUAUAGGGUUAAUGAAAGAUGAAAAUCAAGGUCGAAUCAUGACACACUUUAUUGGGUUGCGUUCAAAAAUGUAUGCUUUGAGAACUUUGCCUGAGUCAGGUAACAACAACAACAACAAAAACUCUCAUGUUAUUAAAAAAGCGAAAGGAAUUCAAAAGUCAGCUUUGAAGGAAAUAACGUUUGAUGAUUACCAUAAAUGUUUAUUCCAAAAUACUCAAGUAGCUGUAACACAGCAAUCCAUAAUUUCGAAACAUCACAAUGUAUUCACAAUUUCCCAACAAAAAAUUGCAUUGAGUCCAUUUGACGAUAAAAGAAUUGUCAAUUAUAUUUAUACAGACACAAAACCAUGGGGAUAUCAUGACUACUUUUGAUUUCUUCUUUAAUUUUGGAUUCUGUUUUUGUCCAUAAAAUUAAUCUACAACCACGUUAAUUCUUAGCCACAAUAAACUUUGAAUGUAACGUGUAACAGAGAGAGAGAGAGAGGAUGUCCAAGCAAGAUACAGGGUGGAUUCGUAAACAUAUUUACUCUAAAAAGGACUCUAAGAAGAAAACCUGCUCAUUCUUUGUGACACACGUCAUCGAGGUGACCAAAUGUGGUGUUUGCGGAAAAAUUAUAAAGGAGCGACCAGCGGCGGCUACCUUGGAAGUCAACUGGAGACCACAGAAUGUAUUUGUUAGAUAUUGUCCUGUGUGUUUCCAAGCAAGACCCGGCAUCCAAGAAAAAAGAACAGACUGGUUACCUGGCUACUGAUUGGCAAAAAUGAAUAAAGACCUUUUUUGAAAAAAUA